AUGAAUGGAUUUGCACUUCAGGAUGUCUACCUAAAUACCUUCCGAUCUCUGCCCAAAGUGAAGUUCAUCUGGCAGUACAAUGGGCGACCGAUUAGUGACCUUCCGAAGAAUGUAUUCACACAGGCAUGGUUACCACAGCAGGACCUUCUUGGUAACGCUGUUACAGCUCAAUCUCUCAACUACCUUCUUCAACCAUUACAGUGUUCGCAUUCAGGGCAUGCAAAAUGUCGGGCACACAUAUCACAUGGUGGCAUGAACAGCGUUAUCGAAUCGGUAUGGCAUGGUGUUCCAACAAUUGGCGUUCCGCUUACGGUUGCCGGUCACGAUAACUUACUACGCAUUAGCGCUCGGGGAGCUGGUCUGCUCAUACCUAAGGAGGAGUUUUCUGAAAAGAAGCUGAUUGAAAGCUUAAUAGAAAUCCGCAAGAAAACUUACAAGGAGGAGAUGUUGGUAUUCCAAGAUAUGGUCCGUGAUGUGCCCUACACAGAACUCACACAUGCUGCGUUUUGGGUCGAAUUUAUCGAGCGACAUCAAGAGGUCCGUCCCCUGAUUAUUUCGCUUUUUUCCGGAUGA